AUGCAUAGAUUUCUCAUGGCUCUUGUCAUCUGUGUGUUCCAGGAGUUCUGCUUGUUUGCUGUCGUUGGACUAUGUUCUGACUUCUUCCUACAAAUGGUUUUCUUUGCUACUGUGCUAUCUAUUGACAUUCGACGCAUGGAGUUAUCCGACCUUCAACACAAUCAGAGUAUGGCCAGCUUACAUGACGUCCCAUCAGGGUUUGCAAUACCCGUCAACCCAGUCAGAUGUCCUGUCAUGGCAUUAUCGCCAUCUAUGGGUCCUAAGAAGAAAUCGAAAGCAAGCUUGAAGGUCCAGCCCAUAGAAAUAAACAUGGACAUGACCGCAGGUGGUGCCCCUCCCUCACCCACUCUGACCCCAGAGGAUGGAAAUGAUCCAACUGUUAAAAAGCCUAAACGAUUAAGGCUCAUUUUCUUCUGGGCUAGGACUAGAAUGGUGCAAAGAGCAAUUAUGGUUUGCACAGUGAUCUGGAUCACCCUUAUAGUCUACAAAUCAGGCCUAGUUGAACAUAUCAUACAAAUCAGCUACUCUAGUGCAGCAGACAACACAUCCAUCCUCCACUCUACAAUACUUAAGUUCAUACAGCAGCCCACCCUAGAUGGUCUCAAGGGGGAAGUAGAUGCAGCAGAGACUGUGGCUAAGUUCACUCACAAGGACACUUUACUAGUAAAGCAUGAGGACUAUGAAACCUGGAAGAAAUUGUCCUAUAUGCAUUGGCCAACACUGUUUGGCUACUAUAAUAUUUCACUUGCUGGAAGAUACAUCAGCAUCUUGCCCUCCAUUCAUCUCUCAGAUCUCAUCAACCCCAAUGAUGCUAUUUCACUCCGCCACCCAGAGGAGAGUAAACUAGCUACUUUAAAGCGCGAGUUGGAGGAAAGUGACCCCAACUCAACCCAAGGCUGGCCAACCCACCUAAAUCAUCUCAACCCUAAACGCCUUUACCCUCAAUCCCAAACUGAGGCUGGCGUGACAUUUGUUUUAGUAUUUACGACAGUUGUCGUAGUGACUUAUUUCAUGUCUUGGCUAUAUAGAUGUAUGUGUUCACGUAAUUAUGCCAAAUGGCGAACAUCAUGGACAAGGUUAAAGCGCAGUAAGAGAAAAUCAUCACAGUAUGUAAAACAAAUUAUUGAUACGCUUCCAUUGGUGCUUGAGGGACAUAAACAGGAAGUUGAAUGCCUCGUAACGGAUGGUCCGCUUAUUGUCAGUGCAUGCCUUGGGGGUCAGAUUAGAGUAUGGGACUCUACAUCUGGGGAAUGCCUCACUGCUAUACCAAGAAAAUGCAUAACCCCACCAUUACGCAGGAAACCUUGUGUUGGACGCAACAUCAAUGACAGUGAUGCAGAUCUCUACGCAGAGUAUCACGGCUCUCCACCCACGUCUGACAUCACACAACCUCAGCUUAGCACUGCCAGUAGCAUGGAGGAAAUUGACCCCUUCGAAACAUUCAAUCAACAAUCACCAAGUAUACACAAUGAUAUAUUUGAGCAUCUUCCUGAUCUCUCAGAUACAAUAGACACCGAUUUUAUGUCAAUAAGUAAAAAUAGUAAUUCAUCAAAUAGAAGUGCUCAUUCAGUAGAUUCAUGGACUACUAGUGCCCCCUAUCAACAUGACUCAAGAACUAAGCCCCAGCAGAGGGCAGGCUUUCAGAAACAUGCUAGGAAUGUUUCCUGGGAUUCUGGGUUCAAUAAAUACAUGGCUGCAGACUCUAGUUCAAUGGAUACACCAAGCCAAGUAAAGUUCAAUAUUGGGAGUGCCCCAGAUUACACUCCCCACCCCUGGGACAACUCCCAGAAUUUACGUCGUUUUUCACAAGACUCAAGAAGUGGCUUUGAUUUUAGCCAUUUUGAUAAAUAUUACGAGGACCAUAAGGAAUUAAUGAGGGAAAAGCAAGCAUAUGAGGCACAUAAAGUUGCAUUGAGACAAAGGAAUGUGGGACCACAUGGGGAUGGCAAAUCUCCUCAACUUACAUCAAAUAGGAAAAGCUGGCAUGGAGGGGAGCAGGAGAGCCUUGAAGACUACUAUGAAGAGUCUCUAUCUGAUGGCAAAUCUUGUGCAGCCAUAUGGUGUGUUGCCUGUACAGACAAUCUCAUAAUUGCGGGUUGUGGCAAUGGACGCAUAGAAUUCUGGGAUGGCCUCACAGGCACCUUAAAGUGUCUGUAUCAACACAACAAAGUUGGUGCUACUAGUAUAUGCUUUAUUGCUAACAGAGUGAUAGUUGCUAGACUGAAUGGAGGAAUAGACUUCCUUGAACUUGAAACGUUCCAAAAAUCUCCUGUGGUUACUAUGGCAGCAUCAGCAUCGCAACCCCCAAAGUUACAUAACAGAGGUCACCAGAGACACCACAGUUUGCAUUUGUCUGGGGCUGAGUUGAAGUGUUGGGAUGAUGUGAUACAUUGUAAUCUGAUCACUGCCACCAGAGCCCAUCAGAGACCCAUCAACAUCCUGCAGUCUGAGGGUGGACGUGUGGUUACUGCCAGUGAGGACCAUACACUCAAGGUUUUUCGGCUAGAGGACUCUCAGUGCUUGUACACACUACAUGGUCAUGGUAGCAGUGUCACUGCCCUCUAUCUUGACAAGGGAGCUCCGUUGGCUGCUGCGAGUGGUUCAAAUGAUGGCUGUGUAAGGCUAUGGGAUCUCCUCACAGGAGCCUGUGUACACAAGUUGAAUGCCCAUAGCACCACCGUGAAUUCUAUAAGCUGCACACCUGUCUAUGUGAUUAGCUCAGGCCAGGAUGAUAGGCUCUGUAUCUGGGAGAGAUGUAAAGGUCUUCUCAUGUACUGUUUACAGUUGGAUGCUGGUUGUUGUAAUGCAGUUGCUAUGAUGACCAGUAACCUCCUUGUCACAGGUGGACAGGGCUGUAUAUUACUAUGGGAUGUGUCAAAAGGUGAAGUUUUGAGGACAGUGAACUUAAAUAGUGAGGACUCGAGUGUAUUUGUACGUUGGAUAGAGGUGAUUGGCAAUGCUGUUGUAGUCUGUGGAUACAGCCACCAAGUGCAAGUGGUGCAUUUCCCCUCUGUUUUGGAGAAAGUUGACUAGUCAGGAUGAGAAUGUUGUAAGCUGGAUAGAGGUGGAUAGCAAGGUAAAGGCAGACUUGUGGAGAAAGCUGACUGAUUCUCAAGACUAGAAAACUUGCAAUGUAAAAUAUAUGCAGUGUAGAAAGUGCCAAGCUUUAGAUCUGUCAAAAUGGACCAAAAGUGGAUAGAAAUCAGAAGAAUCAGACAUAGCGACAUGAACUUUUAAGGCUCAUGUGAUACUUGGGUUUGGGUGAAUAGGGAUAUUGAAAUUGUUAUCCUUUUAGUUGCCUAUAUGCACAAGCUGAAUAGGAAAGUGGUUUAUUUUACUUUGUGAGUGCAAUACAUCAUUAAAUGGCACAAUUAAUACUAAAACUACCCGUUAGAAGUGUUCACUGCUUUACUAGUAUUAAAUAGAAUCUUGAUCAUUGUUUAAACUUAUAAUCUAGAAACAUGAUUUUUGAAACAUUGAAAAAAUUCUUUAUUUGCAUUUAGUCUUGCAAUGUAACAGAAAAAAACAAAUUUUAGAAGUCACAGUAGAAUAUUUGUUGAAGUGGUUUAGAGUUCAUAAUUAAAGGACUGAUAUCUGUAAUUCUCAUUUUAAAUAACUCUACAAUAUUUUAAUUAGUGAUAUGUAGGUUUUGUAACGAAUUGACUUGGACAUGAACUUUCUGCAUAUACAACUUGAAAUAAAUCAUUCAUGAAGUGUAAAUUACAUAUCAUUAUAAAUUAAAAAUAUUUAAGGGUUAUUUAGGGUAAGAAUUCAAGCUAUUAGCCCUUGAGGUAUGAAGUCAAAACUACUCCUUGCUAGUCUGUAUGUACAAACGAUCUCACUAUAAUUGAAAUGUAGAAGUGGUAUAGCACAUGUAUUACCAUUGCCAUAUUUGCAUGUCAUUUCAUGAGCAAGGAGCUACUACAUUUAAAAUAUGGCAAACAAAAGUGUCGUCUUAUUUAAUGUACAUUCAAAAUGUAAUGUAAAAUACAGUAGAUAUUGUACAUAAAUGUCAAUUGUUUUAUUCAAUGUGCAUUCAAAAUGAACUGUAAAUAUAAAAUAUUGGAGACAAUGUACAUGGAGAUGUGGGUCAAUAUUAGAGAUAACAUUGAGGUAAUGUCAAUGUCAGAUGAGACAUAUUGUAUUGUUAAUUCAUUGUAUUACAAUAAGCACAUGUUGUACUAAAUAAUGCAUUGUAGUAAACAUCUUAUCCAAUAUAGGCAGUAGAAUAUGUAAACUUUAUCCCACCAUAAGUGCUUUAUAUCUAGUUGUACUUGUAUAACAGCAUUGUUGAACUUCCAGAAUUGGACAAAAAGUUCUUAAGGAUUCCAAUGAAGGUAUCAAAAAGGAAAUGUCAAAAGAUUCAUUGAAGAGCGAAAAAAGAUGUAAGACCCGGAUGAACACUGAUUUUCUUUGAGGAAAAAUGAAAUAAAUAUGGAAAACAAUUAAACAUUCCAA